GAGCAAGUAUUGCCUUGCAAGAGAUUGAAGGCUAGCCCGGAGCGGGACUUUGCAGAGCGAGGCCGGGAUGAGCCAGAAGCGAAAACAGAUGUGGAGCCUACCACCGCUACACGUAAGGCGAGAGGCCAUGCUGCAGACAAGGCUCUGGCACGCUGGUGUGCUUUGGCCCCAGAGAAGUCACUGCGUGGUUGCGAGUUGACGAUCGCCGCCCUGGGAGCUACCGCCGGCAGCCGUGUACAGCUGCGCUGCGGCUUGGUGCUGCUCCUCCGAGGCGAUGUGCCGCCCAUGACUGCGCACGAGGCCGUGGCGGCUGCUAGUGCCCUACUUCGCGCUGGGGAUCCGGUGGCUGCAGCAAAAGCGCUCGGCCACGCCUCACCGUUAACGGUGGAUGCGAUGGUCCAAGCACACGUCCGGCAAGUCUUCCAGAAGAACUUUCAGGCAGAUUUGGGCGAGCUGAAUGAUCGAGAUCGUUUGCGGCUGCAGCUGCGGCGCACAUCGGCGUUGCCCGUUGCUUUCCGGGUAACUUCUGCCACCAACGCCGACCUGCAAAAACUUCAGGGGCAAGAUUUCAAGGACGGCAUGGACUUUGCCGCAAACCCCAUCUGCAAGGAAAAGCGGCUGACAGCAUCUUUGGGUGACUGCCAUCUGCUUAGUGGUGGGCUGAUGUCUGCAGAGCAAGCUGCUGCGGAUGACACCUCCAGGGCUCCCGACUGCGUGGUGGAGCUGAGCAUGGAGCCGCCCUUCACCACCAGUUUCACGGCAUUUCCUCCACAAGCUCAUGGCAGGGCGGGAGGACUCGUCUACAGCAAAGUGCACGCGAUCUGCCCAGACGGGCAGCAUCGUGCUAUUCUUCUUGGCUUGCCUGCUGAUUGCAUUGCAGAAGAAGUGCCCUCGGACAAGACGUCAAAGGCACCAUUGUCCCAGCAGCUUUCAUUCAAGUGCAGCCUUCUUCGCCGCACCAUCGAAAGGGGCCGCCUCUUUGGCGGUGGUGCAGCUGCAGUUCAGGAGGCUCUCCAGGCCAUCUUGGACUCCAGGGACGCACUCGCAACAGCAGCGGCCCUUCGCUGCCUCCUGCUUGCUAUGAUGGACUCGGUGCGGCUUUGGAAACAGCGCCCAGAGCACCUCAGCUUCGCCACCUUGUCCAUGCUCGCGGUAUUGGCGGCCAGCCUGCCAUCGUGGCGGCUGCCAGCCGCGCUGCGGGCAGCCUUGCUGCGCACUGCAAGCGCUGCACAGGCUGCAGACCAGCCGGAGUGGCUUGACAUGAAAGAGAUGACUAUACUGCAGCCGGAUGACUUCCAUCAUCAUUUUCGUGACGAGCCCUACCUGGAACACACAGUGCCACAUGCGGUGGCUCAGUUCUGCCGUGUGCUGGUGAUGCCCAACCUCGUACCUCCGGUCACAAACACAGCAGCAGCCCUCGCUUACCGUGAGCGAAUCCUGCUUCGUGUUCCGAAGGAUGUAAGGCCCGAAGAUUUCGUCCCUUUGAUGACGCUCUACUUGACGGACAAAACGUCGCCCGAAGAGAUCGUGAAAGCUAAAGAGAGCGGGCAUGUAUAUGCCGUCAAGCUUUACCCCGCAGGAGCGACUACGAAUUCAGACUUCGGGGUUACAGAUUACGAGAAGAUCAUGCCAGCGCUGCAGAAGAUGGAAGAAGUGGGUCUCCUGCUCCUGGUGCAUGGUGAAUCCACGGAUCAGUCCAUCGACAUCUUCGAGCGUGAGCAGAGCUUCUAUGAGACGGUCAUGCCUAUGAUUCUCAGUCGGUGUCCAAAGCUUCGUGUGGUUUGUGAGCACAUCACAUCGGCAAUGGCGGCCCGGUUUGUGGAAACGGCCGGGCCAAAUGUGGCAGCCACGAUAACGGCGCAUCAUCUCUGUCACAAUCGCAAUGCCAUAUUCAAGGGUGGCAUUAAUCCGCAUUACUACUGCUUGCCUAUCCUCAAAACAGAGCCUGACAGGCUGAAGCUGCUGCAGUGCGCGGUGGAUAAUCCUAAGUACUUCCUAGGCACGGACUCUGCGCCCCACGGAGUUGACAAGAAAGAGUGUCCUUGUGGCUGUGCCGGAUGUUUCACAGCGCACAUGGCUGUGGAGCUCGUCGCCGAAGCCUUUGAGGCCAUUGGAAGGUUGGACGCCUUGGAGGACUUCGUGUCCAAGCGCGGGGCCGCCUUCUACGGCUUGCCAGAAAAUGCUGGGAAGCGGGUCCUCGUCCGAGAAGCCUGGAAGGUGCCGGAGAAGUACCCUUUCGGCGACAAGGUGGUGCGGCCACUUCGAGCGGGCGAGACAGCGACCUGGAAGCUGCGGCCGUUCCAAAAGUGGGGAAUCUUCCUUCGCCAAAAACGGAGUCGUACAUGCGUUGGAAGACUUGGCGUAAACCCAGCGGCGGAGGACUGGACCACCGGUGACGACGAAAUGGCAGACAUUCGAAAUUCGUUGCGCUUGCUAACCAGAGGCUUUCUCUGUCUGUCUGCAGAAGAAGCCGGCAUGAUGUCCUGCUAUGCUGACGCCAUGGUGAAUCGGGGAGGUCUGCCGAUCUACCAACUGCCACUCCCGAGAGCUGACCUGGAGGAAAGGCUGCCCUCUGACUACCACCUGGCAGCAGUGGACUGCUCGGUGGUGCCCCACCUGCCGCUGCAUCUCCAAGCGGCCCUCCGGAAGCCACCGCUCUGUGAGAGCACGAACUUGAAGGACUUGCACUUGCGCAACCUCCGCUUUUUCAUUGAACAGACGCAGUUCAACACCCGGCAUCAGAAGGACUUGAAGCUACGAGGCGGUUACAUCGAAGCCGGAGACAUGGAGCGUAUCAUCAACUACAUGGACGAGGAGCAUUUUGCUGCUGGCCGGGACCUAGCAGAAGCAAGAGCGCUGCCAGAUGACUCGGGCUUGCAGAAGUCGAAUGCAGAGGGCUUUGUCAGCGAGGAGGAGUGUCAUCUCCAAUCCGACCGCUGUCGUGGCUUUCGCACCACCCUGGAGUCUGUACAAAGGUUUAUGUUGGCGGAGCCUCCCAAACCAGCGACGGCCACAGCCAGAAGGCGUGGUGGGAAGAAAAGCUCCUUGGAAAGUGUGCUGGUUGCCAAUGAUGACAGCUCUCGCUUGGAUGCAUUUCUCAGCCUGUUCGGCGCUUCCCGCGAAGUGAAGGUCGCCGCGGACCGCAAGGACGGCCAAACCGUGCGCGUCACCUGCGCUCGUACCGACCGCCUCGACCAGCCGCUCCUAGUCCAGCGAGCGCACAGGAGCCAAGGACAAGCAGGAGACAGGGACGAAGCCUUCCAGGAAGUUGAUGAGACUUCUGUGCGGGAGGCAGCAGCCCGUGCAUACUGCAAGUCCUUUGCCGACUCGAAAUGCAGCCUGCCGUUGCCUCCGAUGGGUUUCAUUUGGACAGUUUCUGGCCCGGUGCAGCUGCGUGCAGCUGCGAGCAGUUCGGCAGUCGAAGCUUUGCGCUUUUUCGUGGCCGGAGUGGAGCUGCCGCCGUUUGACGCUGGACCUGUCCUUCGCAGAUGUCGGAUGCCGUCGAAUUCGCAGAGCUUGUGUGACGAGGACCGCGCGCUGCUGUCCCAGGCUCUCUACAUCGACUCCCGGCUGGAUCAGGUGAGCCUGCUCGCGCAGCUCCGCAGUGUGGCUGAGACCUUGCGCAGCUCUCCAGGUGAAGAUGCUGCACCUGAAUGGCUAGAGGAAGCUCUCGCCAGCAAGAUACCUGGGUGCAUUUGGCAAGAGAUCUAUGCUCGCCUGCUUUUGGAAGAAGAUUUCGAAGGCAAUCCAUGUCUGACGUUGUCGCCUGCGCAUCCAUACGCAGGCACCCUUUUUCGCAUUGUCUUGCUCCUGACAUUCCUCUACCCAUGGGUGCUUGCUCCGACCAGCAAUGACUUGGCAUUUCGUGUCACUCGCACCUCAGAUAUCUCGGGGUCCUUGCACCAGCACCUGCUGACAGUGGUCAAAACUCUGGCAUAUCAGGAUGCCGAGGGUCGCCUGACUCUCGCACAGCCCAAGGCAGUAGAGGCGAGGGUGACCACGGAGCUCUUCCCUUACCAGAAGGAAGCAGUGGAGAGACUGCUGCAAAGCCGUCACAAGGGAUCGAACGGAUCUUUAGAUGCCUCAAGCUUGGGUGCUGGCAAAACAUUGGUGGCUGUGAGCUUUUGCAUGUUCCUGGCCUCCGCACAUGGAGGAGGUCAGUUCUUGGUGUUGGUGGGCUCAAGCUCACUGAUGGAGGGUUGGCGGGACCAGCUCAUCCAGCACACCUCAGGUGUGCGAAUUCAGUUGCAGCAAGAGAACGGUGUACUACGUGAUGUUUCCCAGCGAGCUUCCAAUCAGGCCGCGACAUCACCCGGCAAGGCUUCGCCCGGCAAGCGCAAACGCUGUGUCCAGGAUACGGACGCAGAAACCCUCUUCGUCAUCACAACAUAUGCGCGGGCAGCUCGACAUCCUUUUUGCUGCACUUGGCUGCUCGUCGUGGCAGAUGAAUGCUUGGCACUUCAGAACACUGACACUUUGCAGUGCACGGCUGCUUGGCGCCUGGUCUCGCGAUCCUUGUAUGGAGGACACUUCAUCUCGGGCACAAUGUUCCGAAGGCACUACAGUGACCUUUUGGACAUGUUGAAGAUGCUGAGAAGCUCUAUCCCUCUACGCGCGGAGUUUGUUCAAGCAUACUUUGGUGCUUACCUCAUCAGCUAUAUGCGACCACAGCGGAGCUGGCAGACAAAGCUGGUACCUCUUGACAUUCCAGCUGCAGUGCAGUCCUCCUACCUGGAGGUGGUGGAUGAAUGCCGUGGACGCGCAGCACAGAACUUCGUCAAAGUGCUCAGCCGCAUGCGGCGAGUGCUGAGCACAGCGGUCCAGAACGAUGCCAGGCCCCUGGCAGAGGCGGUCUGGCAAACUGUUCAGCAAUUGCGGGAAGAAGGCCGGCGUCCCUUGGUCUUCGCGUCCACGGAGCGCGAGGCCGAUGCGCUCUGUCGGCACCUGGGAUGCGCCCGACGUUACCGACGGCGACACCCGGCGCACUGCCGUGGUUGUGACAUCUGCAGAAACUUCAACAAGUUCGCGCAGCCAGGAUGCGAGAAGCUGCCUCCCGUCGAAGGCUCUGAGAAGGGCGAGGAGCUUCUGAUUUUCACCGUGGGUUCGGAUGCUGCCGGCCUGAACCUGCAGUCUCUGGGCGAUUCGUUGAUCCUACGACCAGUACAAAUGGAUCAGCUGGUGCAGAUGAUGGGUCGGCUAGAUCGACCUGGACAGACAUCUGAGCAGCUAUGUCGAGCCAUUCUGUACAUGAAGCGCACGCACGAGGAAGCAGAAGUCGCGCAUCUUCAGAAGCAUGCUGCAUUCUGGAGCUUGCACAUCAAGCCCAUUGCGCGUCUCAUCGUUAUGGCCACUGCUGGUGCUGCAGACAACCGGCAGGAAAUCAGCGAGACGUACGACAAGCUCCUGGAGGGAGAGCAAAAGCCGAAAGCUGCAGCUUCUCUCGAGAUCGCCCAAGCUCCGGAAGAGGAGGAAGUGCCAAAUUCUGAAGUGUGGACGAGCUCAGAGAACUUCGGCAAGCGAUCCUGGAGCACAUUGCGCCUAGCGGCUGGGCCGUCCGCGAGCCCAAAGCCAGGCUCGCCGGCAAAGCAACCACCCAGCAAGCUCGCCUUCCGUCAGGUCCGAGGUGACUUGCCAGACUCGUCACCAAAGCUGGGUACAAUUGACCUCGAGCCCCCAAUGGAUGUUGAGCAGCAGCUGCCGCGAGCCAUGACACGCCAAAGUGUUCAGCUUGGGGUGGGCUACCUGAUCCAAAAUGAUGAGAGAUUCAGGCACGUGGUCCAACUCAUCGGGCCACCGACAGGCAUUUUGGAGCUGCUCGGCAAAGACAGGCCGGAUCCCUUCACGACUCUGGUUCAAACAGUCUGCCACCAACAGCUGAGUGUGCGAGUUUGCCAGGGGAUGUUUGAGCGACUGCUUGGACUCUGUGGAAACCGAGACACGAAAGUACUGCAGCCAGAGCGCGUGGCUUGCGAGUCUUGUGACAGGAUCCGUGAAGUCGCGAAGCUGUCAUACCGGAAGAUUGAGUACAUUCAGAAGAUUGCUCAGCGCUUUUUGGAUGGCACUUUGAGCGGCGAAGUUUUCGAGGAGGCCUCGGAUGACGAGCUUCGGCAGCGCCUGACACAGCUGCCGGGCAUUGGCGAAUGGACACUCGAGAUGUUUCUCAUCUUUCAGCUCCAUCGACACGGAGGAAUCCCGUACGGGGACGUUGCCAUCCAGAGUGCGAUGAAGAUGAUCUACAACAUUGCCCCACCAGCCCACAUAACUGCCAAAAACGAGGUGUCAUGGAUGCCCACUCGACCACAAAUGGAAAUUUUUGCCAAGCGAUGGGGGCCCUUCGGCAGCAUCGCAUCCUUGUACAUGCUGCGUGUGGCGGACAAUGUGAAUGCUGUCUUCCUGCCUGACUGA